CGGCACUUUGGCUCCUUCCGCGAGGCCGCCGGCCGUGCAGAUGCAGCAGCAGCAGCAGAAGCUGGUGGUGGCGUCGUGAACAAGAAAUUCCUCCGGUUCCACGCGGUCCCCUCCCCUCGCUUUGGCCCCAUUUAUUUUCUUCCUUUUCCGCUGGUUUUCUGGUGGGGGGCGGGGGGUUUUGCGCUGGUUGUUCCGGUUGGGUUUAGGACGCCAACCAGCUGGUUUUCCCCACCCCGCUUGCGCUUCCAUCCGUGAGCUCAUCCGCCCAGCUGGAAAACAAGAAUCCUCAUGAGUUCUAGAAGGGAAGUCGCGAUCUCUGGGUGAGGUGUCCGUUUCCUCCCGUUGCUGGAUCCGCUGACUGACCGAUCGGCAGAGCCGCCAUGGCGUCGUCGUGCAUCCCGGCCGGCGGCAUCCGGCUGCCGGACCUGGAGAUGGUCAAGGCCGCGCCGCCGGCGCACUCCGCGGCGUCCUCCACGCUCUCGGAGGCGUCCAGCGCGUCCGCAGUCUCCUCGUCGGCCACCUCGUCAUCGGUGGCGUCGCUGUCGCUCAAGCGCCCGCGCACGCCGCGGAAGCGGUCCAGCCAGACGUACAACGAGGCGGCGGCACUGCUCGCGUCCAUGUACCCCUCCGUCUUCCCCGUCGCCAGGGGCGGCGCCGCGCCGCGCCGCCUCCUCGGCCUCGCCUCCGCGCUCGCCGACGACUCGUCCUGCUCCGACCUCCUCCCGCCGUUCCCAGUCCCCGGCGGCCACGCCGCCUUCCUCCUCCGCGACCUGACGCCGCGGAUCCCCGCCGCCGAAAGCUGCCCGUCGCCCGCUGCCGUCAGCAGCGUCUUCAGCGAGUUCCGCGACCCGGCGCCGUCUCCUGCGACCCCUGACGACGCUGCGGCGGCGCCUGACGAGCGCAGGGAUCUUGGCUUCGACGAUGACGACGGUUUCGACGCCGAUUCUAUUCUGUGCGGCGUCGACCAGAGCGCGGCCGAGGGCAUCGAUGGCAUCAUGGGUAAGCUCUCUAUGGAAAACAACGGGGCGUCCGUAUCAGGCUCAAGCGUUGACUCCAACAUGCCCGGAUCCAAGAUGCACCCCUACCUCAGGAACCUUAUGGUGCUCGGGCUCAGCUUCCGGCAGGAUCAGAAUAUCAUCAUCAAUCAAGCGCUGAAGCGGCAUAGUGUCGAUCCUGAAUGGUGGAUGUGCCCUGCCAUACCUGUGAAAGACAUUACCCCGGCACCACCGCCUUCAGUGGCAAUGGCCAAGGUGACAGACAAGAAGAAGACUAAGAAGAAGUCACUGGGGACAAUAUACGAGGAGGGGAGUCCUGAGCCUGCCAAUGGCGAUGACGAUGGAGCUUUGGCACUGCCAGAGACAGGAUUGGGGCUUAGCUUGAAUACUGACGGGGUGCUCAAGGCGUGGUGUGGCAGAGGCUCUGCGUUUGCUGAUGGCAAUGGGCCUGACUUGCCAUUGUCCCCUGCUCAUGUGGUAGUUAAACAUGAAGACAAUGAUCUCUUCCCAAAGAAUGGUACCGGCGCUGUUAUCAGGGAAGGCAACAUUCUGAAGAUGCAGCGCAAGCAGAAGCCAUGCACUCCCCUCCCCUCCAACAAGCAGAGUCGGUACUACCGGCCUCGGGUCAAGGGGAGGUUUGUCAGCAAGGCUUGUUUCCUCCAGCGACAGCAAGCGUUAGAGAAGGAGAGCUAGAGAAAGAUGGAUCCUGCUCCAAGGCGCAUUUCUGGGGCUCUCUUGGAGAAGCAGCAGAGCUUCUCCGUUUUCAUCUCUGCGGCGGUACAGUGCGGCAGAUGUAGAGAUGCCUGUAGAGUGGUGCUUGUGAACCUCAAUUCUCAGUUUCUUCUAUCCAUUCCAGGUUCCCA